AUGCUCGCGAAACUCCCUGGUGUCAGCUCGGACAUCAAUGCUAGCAUCAUUGAUAAUGGCAACAUACAACACCCUUCUACGGAAGGGACUAGUUCCCCACAUCCUCCAUUUGAUAAUAUUCUUAAUUUUCGUGAUGUGGGAGCAUAUGUCAAUCGCUUAUGCGGAUCACGGUAUGAAAAACCGCCCCAGAAGGCCACCUCUCCGCCUGUUGGCCUUUUAGCCGUCGUACUGGUUCAACCUUUGGGUAUCUGCUACGCAGUUACCGCACUAUGUGUUCUGAAAGAAGGUAUCCUGUUCCGAAGUGCUAGGCCGGACGAUGCCUCACAACGGGAUCAGGAGCGCUUUACCAAUGAGCUACGUUUGGCUACUAUUAUUGAUCUCAGGUCAACAACUGAGCAUACCAUGGCGGCCAAUCGACGUCUUGCUAAUGAACGAAUCGCUGCAGAAGAAGCAGCAGAAACUUCUCCGCAACCGAAACCAAUAGCAAAUGAUGAGCACCUCGUAAACCUUCCCGGAGUGCGUCGAAUCAUGCUCAGCCUGGCCGGGUGGAACUUCGAAAAGACAUUGUUAUGGAGAUUAAGUUGGUUUAAUAUACUAAAGUUCUUCUCCCUCCUUGCAUCUGGUUACCGUGGUGCCGCCACGAGAUUGAUCGUCGAGCAAGCUAUUGUUCCCCGCGGCCUCAAUGGGCUUGCCCGUGAUACGCUUACAGCCAGCCAGGCAGAGAUCAAAGAACUGUUCGGAUACCUAAGCGAACCUAGCAUAUAUCCAACAGUCAUACAUUGCACGCAGGGCAAGGACCGCACAGGUUUAGUGAUUAUCCUGCUCCUGUUAUUAGUCUCCUCUGGGGAGAUGAAGAGGGAGGAUAGUGGAGCAGAAGCACCCGGUGGAGAGGGAUAUGCAGCUCUGGGAAGGCCUCUAGACACGGUCGUAGUCACAGGAACAGGCAAAGCCAAGAUCCCCCUCUCGGCAAUAACGAGCGACUACCGCCUUUCGGAGGGAGAACUAAUCCCCGAGCUGGAAGAGCGUUUGCGGGAGAUGAAUCAACUGGGGCUUCCGGAUGAGUUUGCAAAGUGUUGGGAUGGGUUUACGGAGGACGUUGUUGAGUUUUUGGAGGAGAGAUAUGGUGGCAUUAGGGGCUAUUUGAAAGCUGUUGGGGUGGAAGCGGGGGCUGUUGAGAUGGUUAGGGCCCUGCUAGUGGCUUAA